ACAAUGUUCACUCAAGAACUUCAGAAAGGCACACCAUCCACUUCUAAUAUUCAAAAUGAAUCAUCAGAAGAGCCGCAAGCAAGUAAUAAUGAAGAUGAAGAGUUGUAUGUCACCAAUUUACAAUUCCAAAGACUGCAACAAAAAUUACAAGCUUCCCAAGCAAAGGUUCAUACUUUAGAAAGCCAAGUAAAACAAUUUGAAGAACAGUUGAAAGUGAUUUUUAACGCGGAUCAAAUACAUAUGUUAAAAUACAAGAACCAUCGAGGCUAUCAGUGGUCUGAUGAAACUGUUCAGAGAGCUCUUAAACUGUACAUGGCUUGUGGAGCAAAAGGCUAUCAAGAACUUUGCAAGCAACAAUAUCCCCUUCCCAGUAUUCGUACAUUGCAACAUAGAAUCCAGAACUUUAAAGUUCAAGCAGGUGUGUUAGAAGAUAUAUUCGUGCUUCUUAAACUAAAAGUCAAUGCGUUUGAAAAUCAAGAAAAGUAUGCUUCCCUCUUAUUAGAUGAAAUAGCAAUAAAACCGGGUUUACAAUAUGAUAAUUCUACAAAGGAAGUUGUGGGAAGACCAACAAUGAUGCUUUCUGGGAAUAAGGAUAGUUCAAACAAACUGGCUACUCAUGCCUUAGUUUUUAUGCUAGCAGGAAUGACUAUGCGGUGGAAACAGACGGUUGCUUACGAACUUACUGCAGCUUCAUACAGUGCUGACGAGGUUCUACAGAAAUUAUAUUACAUAGUUAGGAAGUCACACGAUAUAGGAUUAACUAUAACAACUAUUAUAUCCGACAUUGGACCUGCAAACCGCAGUUUCUGGCGGUUGCUUCAUAUUACUGCUGGUCGUCAUGAAAAGGUGAAGAAUUACUGCGCACACCCGUGUGACAAAAAUGAAAGGUUGUAUGUAAUGCCAGAUCCAGUCCAUGCAUUCAAAAACGUUGCUACAAGUUUAGUGCGUCACAAAAUAUUCAAAAUUUCUGAUGCAAUUAAAAAUAAAUACAAACUGCCUUCAGAAUAUAUAAAGAUUUCUGCUAUAAAGAAAGUUUUUGAUCUUGAUUCUCAAGAUGAGAUAAAAAUGGCAUACCGUCUUAAGGAUUACAUGUUCCAACCUGGACAUUUUGAAAAAAUGGAUAUCAACACAGCAUACGCCCUCUUUCACAAUGACACAGCUGCUGCCAUUACUUAUUACAUUGCAAUUGGAGCUCUUCACAACAAUUGUGCAACAACAGCGUGGUUUUGUAAACAAAUAUAUAGGUGGUUCAGCAUUAUAACUUCGAGAUCCAGCAAGCUUGGAUUGUCUGAAAAUAAUCCUGAGGUGUAUGAAGAAGCCCUCACUUUUCUGAAACAAUUUAUGGACAUCAUUUAUAACAUUACUAUUGAUAAAGGAGAAUGGAAACCAUUUCAGAGUGGAAUUGUUUUGGCAACCCAAACUUCCUUGGACUUACAGGACCAUUAUUUAAGGGUCCAUGGCUUCCGUUUUGUAUUGUUAGGACGACUGACUCAAGAUGCCCUUGAGAACUUAUUUUCUGUGAUUCGCAGUCGAACACCAGUCCCAGGACCACAUGAAUUUAAAGUUGCAUUGAGGUUAAUAACUUUAUCACAGUAUGAGUGCCAAAUUGUUCGAGGUAAUUAUUUUACUGACAAUAGAAGUCACUUAAUAAAUUAUUGUAAAGAAAAACCAAAUCAUUCAGAAGAUCAGGAUCAAGUGGAGAUUUUUUCGUGUUCGGAAAUCAAACUAGAUGAAGAUGAGCUCGUUCUCAAUGAAGCUGUUAAACAGUCAUUAUAUUAUUUAUUAGGGAGUGUAAUAUUUUCAUUAAAAAAAAAGAAAAAGUGCUCCAAAUGCAUUGAAUCUAUCACAGUGAUGUCAAGCAAUCUAAAUGAUCACAUUAUUAAACUGACCCAAUUAAAAGAAUACAAAGAAAAUGUAUUAUUAUUCCCAAAGGUUCAACUUUUUGAUUAUAUUCUUAUUGCAGAAACUUUCUUUAGGAAACAGGCUAGAAUUAUUAGAAAACCAAAAACUUGUCAUAGUAACAUAAUAGAUGAUAUUGUUUCGUUGUAUUUCAGAACUAGAUUUUUCUUAGCAUUAAAAAAUCACAAUGAUGUUGAAAUGAAAAAAAUUAAUGUAACUGAAAAUACUCGUAGCAGUAGGAGUGUUGCGAUGCGAGCUCUAGUUAAAAAUGUAAAAUAA